UUGUAUUACGACAGUGCAGGGCAGCUCCUGCCCACUUCGACAAUGCGGAGUUUUACCGACCCCACCUCAGGAUUCUGGAGGAAGGGAUCCCUGGAGAUACCUUCGACCUACCAGAACGUCUUCACCUUCAAGAUUGAUGUCCAGUCCGCCCUUCUUGAUGAAUACAUCGCACUUGACGAUGUAAUGGUCAACGAUGGACAGUGCACUGGGCAACCAGGAACCUGCAAUUUUGAGGUCGACACCUGCGAUUGGUCCAACGUCCAAACCGGCGACGAAAUCGACUGGUUACGUCACAGCGGGUCAACGGGAAAUGCCAACACAGGCCCGACCUUUGACCACACUACCGGGACGCCCUCUGGCUGGUACAUGUACAUCGAUUCGGCUCGUGGCGGUCAGGGAAGUCGUGCGCGGUUCGAGUCUUCGAGUAUUGAUUCGUCCAAUGGUGUUGCAUGCUUCUCUAUGUGGUAUCACAUGGUGGCUAGUGGCAAUAGCUUUGGCACGAUGAAUGUUGCAUGGGAGACUGCUGAUAGAACAGAAAUCUUACUGGCUUACACUGGCUCCCUGCCCGACCAAUGGAACUAUGCUGAACUAGACAUCCAGACUUCAACUCAGUACAGGAUCCUCAUAGAGGGCGUCCUAUCAGACCAAGGUUCUUGUGACAUCGCCAUAGAUGAUCUGAUACUGUUUAAUGGAGCGUGUAGCGGUAGGACCUCUGAGCCUCCCUUCACCUGUAGCGAUGGUGCUCAGUCUGUCCCUGGGAACCUGGUCUGUGAUUGGUUUCCUGAUUGCCAAGACAACUCGGAUGAAGCAAACUGUGGACCCUGCACGUUUGAAGUAGACCAGUGCAGUUACACGAACGACCAGGCCGGUCUGUUUCCAUGGAUACUUCAGGGUGGGUCAAACACGCCCCCUCCAAGCCUUCCUCUCCCGAGCUACGACCACACAACGGGGUCUGGUUACUAUAUGGUGGUAGACUACACAGCGCAGUCGCAUUCCAGUGACUAUGCCAGGCUGCAGGGCCCGCUUAUACAGGAAAUGAGUGCAAGAUGCUCUAUGACUUUCUACUAUGUUCUCAGCGGUCAAAGUGACCUAAUGGUGUCUUACAAGACAUCCCCUACUGAAGAAACCAUUAUCUAUCGCCGAUCAGAGGCCCGGGGAACCGCCUGGCAGCAAGCAGUUUUAUAUACCGGUCGCAUCCAAAAUCAGCACACGAUCAACUUUCUAGCCCUACCCGACCUCAGCAACCCCGGCAUCAUCGCCAUCGACGACGUCUUCUUCAGUAGCUGCUCGCUACCUCGACCCGAGACAUCGUGCGAGAUCGAUGAGUUCAGAUGCUCCAACAGAGCCUGCAUCAAGCUCGAGUUUCUUUGCGAUUUCGAUGACGACUGCGGAGAUUAUUCUGAUGAGCUUCAAUGCGACUCCACGUCCUUCACCAGCCGAUGUGAUUUCGAGACUGACCUCUGCUCCUUCUCAACUCUGUCUGGAGACUUCAGCUGGACUCGUACAACAGCCGCGCUAGCCCGUGACCAGUCGUACGCCCCUACCCGAGAUCAUACUACGAAUAACAAAGGCGGGUUUUACCUCUUGGCUGAUAGUAUUGGUAGACAGAGGGGCGAUGUAGCGAGGGUCGUGUCCCCGGUGUUUGAGGCGACGGGGUUGAUCACUACUUGCUCUAUGCGGUUCUUCUAUUCAGCAUUCGGGCCUGACGUGGGGGUAUUCAACAUCUAUACCCGCUACACCGUAGGGGGCCCACUCACCCUGAUAAGAACCAUUAGUAACUACGCCAUUGAUAGUUUCACAUUCUUCACGGAGUCCAUCGUUACAACGUCUGAUUACCAGGUUGUCAUCGAAGCCGUGGUCGGCGACGGACAGAGUGCGACCAUCGCCAUCGACGAUAUCAGCUUCUUGAACUGCGCUCUUUCGACUCAGACCUCCCUCCCAGGGGGUACGACACCCCCGAUCCCCACGACACCGCCCGCCUGCCCCGCCCCUGGAGACUUCAGCUGCGGUGAAGGGACCUGUGUACAACAAAGUCAAGUGUGCGAUUUUAUCAAGCAGUGCCCGAACGGCGCUGAUGAAACAAUUUGUGGGAAUUGUGAGUUUGAUAAUGAUUUCUGUCGGGGAGAUAACUUUGGAUGGCAGCGGACUCAAGCAGGAUCGGGAGGAGACUCGUUGGACCGUGAUCACUUCAAUGAUCCUCUCGAGACAGGCUGGUACCUACAAAACAUCUUCGGUUACAACUCCUUCGUGACCCCUGACAUAGGGCCGACCGGGUCACGAUGUCAGGUCAGCUUCUAUUACUACAUGAGUAGUGACCUGGAGCUACUGGAAUUGAGGGCCUAUCUCCUAGACGGGGAUCAGAUAUUCUUGGAGAGGGGAUCUGAGAACCCCAAUACAUGGCAGCAAGGGACUGGAUUUAUUGGACAACAUAACGGCAGGAUACAGGUGAGCUUCGACCAUAUAUACCUGAAUCCUGUUCAGCCCACCACGUAUACCGUAGCACUGGAUGGAAUCUCUUUCUUGAACUGCGCAGCAAAUCAAACUAUAUCAUCAGAUUUGAACUGUACCUUCGAACAAGAUCUAUGUGGGUACUUCCAAACUCCGAAUCCAGAAGAUGAAUUUGAUUGGAUUAGGAAUAGUGGAUCUACAGGAACGAGCACUACGGGACCAUCUUUUGAUCACACUACAGGAUCAGGAUAUUACAUGUACACUGAGAUGAACGGAAACUCUAACGGCGAGAAGGCCCGCCUCGAGUCGCAUCCGCAAUCACCCCCGGGCGAUAAUGGAAUAUGCCUGAGUUUCUAUUACCAUAUGUAUGGGCCUCACGUGGACACGUUCAAUGUGCUGCUCAAAGAGGGGAGUUUAGAGACGCUGAUCUGGACGCGAAAGCAGACGCAGGGAAAUCAAUGGUUGUUGGCCCAGAGAACUAUCAAAACAAUUUCAAGUUGGGCGGUUGUCUUCGAGGCAUUCCGUGGGGCAAAUAAAUACGGGGAUAUUGCAAUAGAUGACGUCAUAUUCUACCCAGGACCCUGCCCUCUCUCAAAUGAGUGUGAUUUUGAGGUUGGACUUUGCUCAUGGACCCAGGGAAGAAACGACGACUUUGAUUGGUCAAUAGGUAGCAAUGGUUCUCCCCCUACUGAUCACACGACUGGAACAGCUUCAGGUAUGUUCGCGUAUGUGAGCACGGCACCUCCACGCACUCAAGGCGAGUUCGCUCGCAUUGUCAGCCCCGUUUACCAGCCCACAUCCACGCAGUGCCUGAACUUCUGGUUUUAUCUCGAAGGCGACGAUGACGGGGGGACGCUGAACGUCUGGGUGCAUGAUCUCAUCAAUGAUGUGUACACGAAUAUAUGGACACAACACGGCCAUGGCCAUGGUAUAUGGCAUUUCGGGCGUGGCACCUUAUCAGCCUCUCAUCCUUAUGAGGUCAUCAUAGAGGGCGUCCUAGGUUCGAACCCAGUUGGUGACCUAGCCAUCGAUGACGUCAAGAUCUCAGGUGGACCAUGUCCCAGAGCUGGUUUCUGUGAUUUCGAGACCGACAAAUGUUCCUGGUCUAACGAAGCUAGCCUUGAUACGAGGGACUGGCUCAGAAACAAUGGAGCUACACCGUCCAACUUCACCGGACCCAGCAUUGACCAUACCUAUGGAACAUCUUUUGGCAUGUAUAUGUACUUUGAGACGUCUGAUCUGGGAUCAGGUUCAGGAGACGGUGACUUUGCUUGGUUAGUCAGUGAGCAUUUCCAUGCUUCGUCGGGUUCUUGUGUAUACUUUUGGUAUCAUAUGUUCGGAACAGGUAUAGGUGAUCUGAACGUUUAUGUAUUAGAUUCUGCUGGCACUGCAACUCUGGUUUGGCAGAUGACAGGGGACAAAGGAGAUGUGUGGCUCAAAGGAGAAGCACAGGUCACCAGAAAUGACGAAUACCAGAUUGCCUUUGAAGCAGUAUCGACUGGAGCUGUGAAGGGCGAUAUAGCUAUAGAUGACGUAGAUAUAGAUCCAUACUCAUGUGGGGCUAGUCCUUCUACCAUCCCUGUAGUGUCAAUGGACUGUACUUUUGAGCUGGACACGUGCUCCUACACGCAGUUCUGCACUGACGACGAUUUUGAUUGGGUGAGAAACCAGCAAGCCACGCCUAGUUUAGAAACAGGCCCCACCUACGACCACACCACCGGAUCCGGCUGGUACAUGUACAUCGAAGCUUCCGGCUACGUCAUUCCUGGUGACCGCGCCCACCUUCUAGGCCCCGCCCAGAACCCGACGGGAGACACGCCCAGAUGUUUAGUGUUUUGGUUGCAUAUGUACGGACCGCACAUCAACCGGUUUAACGCGUACCUAAAGAGGGAGGGGCAACAGGAUGUGAGGAUCUUUACCAAAUAUGGCUCGCAGGGGAGUGUCUGGUUUAAGGCACAGAAGGAGAUUACGUCAUCAGAAAACUGGAAUAUCAUGUUUGAAGGUGUUGUUGGUGAUAAUUUCUUAGGAGACAUAGCUCUUGACGACAUUACGUUGUAUGACGGAGCAUGCCCACAAGAAGUAACCUGUGAUUUUGAGCUGGACUUCUGUGGUUGGGCCCAGGACCAGACGGAUGAAUUUGAUUGGACCAGGGAUGCUGGAGGAACAGGAUCUAGUAACACAGGACCAACUUACGACCAUUCAACUGGCACAACAGAAGGUUUCUAUGCCUUCACUGAGGUAUCCUCACCCAGAGUACAGGGUGACCGAGCAAACCUCAUCAGUCCCACGUACCUUGAUACGCGUAGUGAAUGCUUCCGGUUCUGGUAUCAUCUCCUGGGCAAGGCCAUAGGUCAAUUGACCGUCUACAUUAAAGAUGAGAUCACGGGGUCAACGAGUGCUCCACUCUUUGAUAAGUCAGGUCCUCCGUCAGAUGCUUGGCGCUUUGCUCAAGUUGACAUCUCAUCUGCUCAUCGCUACCGGAUCAUCAUAGAGGGCGUCAGAGGGAGCGGUGUUCAGGGUGAUAUAGCUAUUGACGAUACUGAGGUCAUCCCUGGUGCCUGUCCAAAGCAAGGUAUUACAAAUAUUCCUAUGAGUCAUUCUUUGAAUAGUUUAAUUGGCAAAGUCAUCGAUCUUUCAACGACAAUGGGGUUCAGCAUCGAAUCCCAUCCCAUCACUUCCUUGGCAAGACGUUAA